GACAGAAAAAGAAGGAAGAGAAGGAAAGGUAACAAAAACAGAACCAAAGAAGUUUUUUUCUUCUUCUUUUCUUUCGGUUGAGAGAGAGAUAUUCGAGAAGAAACAAAUUCUCUCCUCCUCAACGAAGCGCGCCGUGGGGCUGUCCGAAGUUUCGCUGGAACGAAUCCCCUGACCCGGCAACGCAACCUCGGCUCAACCCCGCUAAUACACCAAUUUCGAUCUACCCCACAGCGAAACCCCUCCAAAAAAAAAGCGCUAAAAAACCAAUCGCAUUUUCGAUCUGGAACUUCAUUCUUCUCCCGGGUUUCGCACUUUUGGUCGUCUUUAGGUUCUCCAGCUGCGAGUCUCCUCCUCCUCCUCCUCCACCUCUUGUUUUCCGGCGAAGCAGCAAGAGGGGGGAGAGAUGGAUUACGAGAGCAGUAGUUGGAUCUGGGAUGGGGUUUACUGCCAUCCGCAUCUCUUCGGCGGCCUGAUGCUCACCGCCGCCUUGCUGGGUUUAUCCACCAGCUACCUCAGCGGGAUUGGCUUCUCUUCUUUCCCCUAUAUGUUCUCCGAUCUGGGCAUCUUCCCUGCCAAGAGGCGGGAGAACAAGAAGCGGGUCCGUGUCUACAUGGAUGGCUGCUUCGAUCUCAUGCAUUAUGGUCAUGCGAAUGCAUUGAGACAAGCCAAGGCCCUGGGGGAUGAAUUGGUGGUUGGUGUUGUGAGCGAUGAGGAGAUCAUUGCCAAUAAGGGCCCUCCUGUUUUGUCCAUGGAAGAGAGAUUGGCCCUCGUGAGCGGAUUAAAAUGGGUGGAUGAAGUAAUCGCCGACGCUCCUUAUGCUAUUACGGAGCAAUUCAUGAACAGUCUGUUCAAUGAGCAUAAGAUUGACUAUAUCAUACAUGGUGAUGAUCCUUGCCUUCUUCCUGAUGGAACGGAUGCCUAUGCCUUGGCCAAAAAAGCCGGCCGUUACAAGCAAAUUAAACGGACUGAAGGUGUCUCCAGCACAGAUAUUGUAGGAAGGAUACUUUGCACGACCAAGGACAAUGAGGUUCGAGACAACCAUGAUGGUUCAUCACCUUUACCCGCUGAUAAGGGAACUCAAUCCCAUAGUUCCCAUGUAUCACAAUUUUUACCAACCUCUAGAAGGAUAGUGCAGUUUUCUAAUGGCAAGGGGCCAGGGCCAAAUGCUCGUGUUGUCUACAUUGAUGGAGCAUUUGACUUGUUCCAUGCUGGGCAUGUUGAGAUUCUCAGGAAAGCUAAGCAGCUUGGAGACUUUGUACUCGUUGGGAUCCAUACAGAUCAAAUUGUCAGUGAACAGAGAGGGAGGUAUUACCCAAUCAUGCAUUUGCAUGAGCGUAGCCUUAGCGUUCUAGCAUGCCGUUAUGUUGAUGAAGUCAUCAUUGGUGCCCCGUGGGAGGUCUCCAGGGACGUGAUAACGACUUUCAACAUUUCGUUGGUUGUGCAUGGGACUGUUGCAGAGCGAAACUCCUCAUCACCUGGAGGAAGUGAUCCUUAUGCGGUCCCAAAGGCCAUGGGUAUUUUCAGGAUGCUCGACAGCCCUAAAGACAUAACGACCACAUCAGUCACCAAACGAAUCAUUGCUAACCACGAGGCUUACACGAAGCGAAAUGCAAAAAAGACUCAGAGCGAGAAGAAAUACUACGACGAGAAGGUGUACGUUUCAGGGGACUGACCGAACAGACUGAGCAAGUAAAGAAGUGUUUGUGCAGCAGCAGCAUAUGUAGGCUAUGUUAUAUGGUUUGUGGGAAGAAAAGAACCCGUAGAAGAUGGAACCAUGUUUGCCCCCAAAAUGGUUCAGAGAAAUGGUGGCCAAAGGUGUAAUUCAGUUAAUGCUAGAAGAACCAUCAAUAUCAUGCAGAGGCAGAAAGAUGAAAUCAGAGCGAUUCCCGCGGCCAUCACAACAGCCUUGAACUGGUGCUGCCCCCUGUGAUUCUUUCAGGUUUCGUAGCCGAAGCAGCCAGCAGAAGCCCUCCAGAGAACUUUAUCAUUAAGUAGAAAUGUAGAACAGAUAAAAAUAGUUUGAUCUUGUAGGGGGAGGGGGCUUCUUUCUGGUUUUCGCUGCUGGGUUUCUAUCCUUUUUUCUUUAUCCUACAUUACGUCCUAUUCUUUCAGUACCUUGAGAUCGUGUACUCUCAAGGUGGGGGGUGACCGGGUGAGGAAACGCAGUUGAUUUUUGUGAGUGGAUUAUUGCCGAGCUAACAAAAAAAAAAAUGCUAAACCUGUAUUUGGAAGGACUUGAUCCAAAUCAAAGGUACAUUAUGGUAUUCUAAAUUGUUAAUGGGAACUUAACGGUUUUGUUUAUUAUGAGUUUGUUAAGCUGAGCUAACAUAAAAAUGCUAAGUUAAUGGUAACUACUUUCUCU